AUGUCCAGCGAGGAAUUGCCCACUAUGCAAUAUCGACUUCUAGGACGUACAGGGCUCAAAGUGUCCUGCAUCUCGCUCGGUGGAUGGCUGACUUACGGCACGGCCGGUGGUGGCCACGUGGACGACGAAAAGUCGUUCGAAUGCAUGAAAGCCGCCCACGAUGCAGGAAUUAACUUCUUCGACUGUGCAGAAGGAUACGCCGGUGGCGAAAGCGAACGAGUCAUGGGGAAAUGCAUCCAGCACUACGGCUGGAAGAGGAAUGAUAUCGUUGUGUCCACCAAGAUCAAUUGGGGCCAGACCAAUGGCGACAAUCCGAUCAACAACACGGGCCUGAGCAGAAAGCACAUUAUCGAGAGCACGGAGGCGAGCUUGGAGAGACUGGGUCUGGAAUAUGUCGAUGUGCUCUACGCCCACCGUCCCGAUCGUGAUACCCCAAUGGCGGAGGUUGUGCGUGCGUUCAAUUUUCUCAUCGAUCAUGGCAAAUGCUUCUACUGGGGGACUUCGGAGUGGAAUGCAGACGAGAUUGAACGUGCUCAUCGCAUCGCCGACACGCUGCAUCUGGUGGGUCCUGUCGUCGAACAGCCACAGUACAAUAUGCUGUGCAGACAAAGGGUGGAAGCGGAAUACAGUCUGCUUUACGAGGUGCAUGGGUUGGGACUCACGCCGUACAGUCCUUUGAAGGCGGGCAUUCUGACUGGGAAAUACAUUGAUGGCAUCCCGGCGGAUUCUCGCUUCGCGCGUAGUAACGACAGCUUCGUUCAAGGUAUGCAGGCCCGUUUCCAAACCCCUGAAUGGGAGCGAGAAAGCAAGGCUGUCAUUGCUUUGAGCAAAAUUGCUGGGCAGCUUGGGACAGAUCUGCCAAAGUUGGCAAUGGCAUGGGUGCUGCGGAACAAGAACGUAGCAUCGGCAAUCACUGGGGCGAGCAAACCGGAGCAAGUCUGGGAGUCAGUCAAGAGUAUAAGGCUUCUCGACAGGUUGACCGAUACUGUGAUGCAAGAGAUCGAAGAAGUACUCGAUAACAAACCGCUAGAGCUUACGAGACGUUUCUAA